GCACCUGGCGCCGCCCCCGGAAGAGGGGAUCCGGGGCCGCGGGGACCUCGGAGGCAGCCCGGCGCCGUCGUUUACCCUGGGGACAUUAACGGAACUCGGCAGACAAGACACAGAUCAUUAACCCUUCUUGGCCCAGAAGACUCAGAGGGCCAGUGGCAGGUGAAGAAUUUCAAGACAGCCGUGUCUUGGCCAGCGGGGGGCGAACCCCUUUGGGUUGCAGAGGAGGAGCCCUGUCACCACCUGUCCUCACAGCCCUACCUGCCCCCACAGACGCUGCCGGCGUCAUGAACUCCCCAGAAGGGCCCAGCUUUCCGGCCGGGCUGCUCUCAGGGGGCGCCUCCCCCAGCGGUGACGAGGGCUUCUUCCCCUUCGUGCUGGAGCGGCGGGACUCAUUCCUGGGAGGGGGCCCAGGGCCUGAGGAGCCUGAGGACCUGGCCUUGCAGCUGCAGCAGAAGGAGAAAGACCUGCUGUUGGCAGCCGAGCUCGGCAAGAUGCUUCUGGAGCGUAAUGAGGAGCUGCAGCGGCAGCUGGACACGCUGAACACCCAGCACGCCGAGCGUGAGGAACAGCUGCAGCAGGAGAACCAUGAACUGCGCCGGGGCCUGGCAGCCCGGGGAGCCGAGUGGGAGGCCAGGGCAGUGGAACUGGAGAGGGACGUGGAGGCCCUUAGGGCCCAGCUCGGAGAGCAGCGUUCUGAGCAGCAGGACAGCGGCCGGGAGCGGGCUCGGGCCCUCGGUGAACUCGGCGAACAGAACCUCCGGCUCAGCCAGCAGCUGGCCCAGGCCUCACAGACUGAGCAGGAGCUUCAGCGGGAACUGGACAGCCUUCAAGGGCAGUGCCAGGCUCAGGCCCUGGCUGCGGCAGAGCUGAGGACACGGCUGGAGAGUCUGCAGGGGGAGAAUCAGAUGCUCCAGAGUCGCCGGCAGGACCUGGAGGCCCAGAUUCGAGGUUUGCGUGAGGAGCUGGAGAAGGGACGGGGCAGGCUGCAGGCCACCCAUGAGGAGCUGCUGCUGCUGAGGCGGGAGAGGCGGGAGCACAGUCUGGAGGUGGAACGCGCGCGCUCCGAGACUGAGGAGGCGCUGAGCGCGCUGCGGAGGCUGCAGCGGCGCGUCUCGGAGCUGGAGGAGGAGUCGCGCCUCCAGGACGCCGACCUCUCGGGAGCCUCGCUGCAGUUAGAGCUCGCCCACAGCCUAGACAGCGACCAGGACCAAAACCAGAAAGCGGACAGAAGCGGCGAUCCUCUGACGACUCUAUCCCCGGAGACCCAAGAAGCGUCCAGCCAGCAGCGUUCGCCCCAGGAGAGGUUGGAGCCUCCCAGGAAGGGAGCAUCCCUGAGCCCAGAGGAGAUACUGGGAGAAGAGGAGGAGGAAGUGGUCCGGUUACAGGUUGAGAUGGCGCUGCAGCAGGCAGAGCUACAGUCCCUGCGGGAGGAACUGCAAAGGCAGAAGGAACUGCGGGUGCAGGACCCCGAAGAGGCCUUAAGCAGCGCCCUCUCGGACCGAGACGAGGCCAUGAAAAAGGUCCUGGAACUGUCCCUGGAGCUCAGCCGCGUUUCUGUGGAGCGGGACUCCCUCUCCCGGGAGCUGCUUCGCACCAUCCGCCAGAAGGUGGCGCUGACGCAAGAGCUGGAGGCCUGGCAGGACGACAUGCAGGUGGUCAUUGGUCAGCAGCUGCGCUCGCAACGCCAGCAAGAGCUGAGUGCGGCCGCCUCCGCCCCGCGCCCCGCCCCAACGCGCUUCUCCCUGCGCCUGAGCCCCGGGCCGGCCGGCAGCUUCUUCAGCACCCUCUUCCGAAGGACCUGAGCACCGGGAAGAGGCAGGGCUGGCUUUGCCCUCUUGACUCACUUUUCUCUUCUGGCCAAUGGAGCCAUGGGUCCCGAUUGUCUGCCAAAGGCGGCUGGUGCCCUUCCCCUCCCUUGAAGGCUGGGCAAGGGCUCACUGGGAGCAGGGGCCAGCUUUGGGGGCCAGAGACCCCAGAUGGGUGGCAGGGGCACGUGUGGCAGAGCUGUUUAUCAAAUUUAUAUAAAUCUAUCUUUUCUAGGCAUUAAGCCCCCUGGCCCUCAGCCGCGGGUCGGGGAUGGGGAUGGGUAUUUAUGUAUCAAGAUCAGACAGAGUAAUAUAUAAAUCAUUACACCGA